CGGCCCCGGAAGCGGAAGUGGGGUCUGUGCCCGCUGUCGCCGCUGCUGCCUGUCAGUGCCCGCGGCCUAGCACCUGCGCCAGGGGGGGAUUCGGGGGGCGGUUCCCUAGAAAUUCUUCUCCGAAGUAACUUCCGGCCCCCGAGCGCCCGUCCCGGCGCCGGCCGUGCGAGAUGAGCACCAUGUUCGCGGACACGCUGCUCAUCGUCUUCAUCUCGGUGUGCACGGCGCUGCUGGCCGAGGGCAUAACCUGGGUCCUGGUCUACAGGACGGACAAGUACAAGAGGCUGAAGGCAGAGGUGGAGAAGCAGAGUAAAAAAUUGGAGAAGAAGAAGGAAACCAUCACUGAAUCGGCUGGCCGGCAGCAGAAGAAGAAAAUUGAAAGGCAAGAAGAGAAGCUGAAGAACAACAACAGAGAUCUCUCCAUGGUGCGGAUGAAGUCCAUGUUUGCCAUCGGCUUCUGUUUCACCGCCUUAAUGGGCAUGUUCAAUUCUAUAUUCGACGGGAGGGUGGUGGCCAAGCUCCCUUUCACCCCGCUGUCCUACAUCCAAGGCCUCUCGCACCGGAACCUCCUGGGGGAUGACACCACAGACUGUUCCUUCAUCUUCCUCUACAUCCUCUGCACCAUGUCCAUCCGCCAGAACAUCCAGAAGAUUCUGGGCCUGGCCCCUUCACGUGCUGCCACCAAGCAGGCGGGCGGAUUCCUCGGCCCCCCACCGCCUUCUGGAAAGUUCUCUUGAGCGCGGGAAGAAGUUGCGCGCGCUGUCACCCUCUGGGGACAGCCUUGGCCUGGCGCUUUUCCAUCUGAGUCCCUCGAGUGGCGGUGACAUGGUGUUUCUGGCCGCAGCUCAGCGCGGGGGUCCCAGGGGAACAAGUAGCAUCUCUCUAGCCGCACAUCCACCCGACCACGAGACCACGUCGUGGCCACGCACUGAGGAACUGGUUCUUCGGGGGAGCAUGUGAAGAUCGGGAAGAAAAUUUUUACUCUGUGUAAUUCUUCAUUGGAACUCUGCAUUGGUUUUUUUUUUAAAAAAAAAAUAGCCAAAUACGACCCAAGAUCAAUAAAAAAAAAAAAAUGGAAGACCA